AUGGCACCUGGAAACUCCACCAACCGUGCCUGGUGGAAAGAAAGCUCAGUGUACCAAAUCUGGCCCGCAUCUUUCAAGGACUCAAACAAUGAUGGCAUCGGUGACAUUCCUGGUAUCAUUUCCAAGCUAGAUUACAUCAAAAAUCUGGCCAUAGAUAUCGUCUGGCUAUGUCCAUCCUACAAGUCACCCCAGGUUGACAUGGGAUACGACAUUUCCGACUACUACGACAUCGCUGAUGAAUACGGCACUGUUGGAGAUGUCGAGAAAUUGAUUCAAGGGUGUCACCAGCGGGGUAUGAAACUGCUCAUGGAUCUGGUAGUCAACCAUACCAGCGAUCAGCAUGAAUGGUUCAAGAAAUCCCGUAGUUCCAAAGACAAUGAGUAUCGGAACUGGUAUGUCUGGAAGCCGGCCAAGUAUGAUGAGCAGGGGAAUCGUCAGCCGCCCAAUAACUGGGUGUCGCAUUUCCAGGGGAGCGCCUGGCAGUGGGAUGAACAUACCCAGGAAUACUAUCUCCAUCUAUAUGCAGUUGAGCAGCCCGAUCUCAAUUGGGAACACCCACCAGUGCGCAAAGCAGUGCAUGAUAUCAUGCGGUUCUGGCUGGAUAAGGGCUGCGACGGGUUCCGAAUGGACGUGAUCAACUUCAUUAGCAAGGAACAGAGCUUCCCCGAUGCUCCUGUCAAGGAUCCACGCACACCCUGGCAGUGGGGGGACAAGUGGUAUGCCAAUGGCCCACGUCUGCAUGAGUACCUGCAGGGCCUAGGUAAAAUCCUCAAGGAGUAUGAUGCAUUCAGUGUUGGCGAGAUGCCAUUCGUCACAGACGAGAAAGAAGUACUCCGGGCAGUCCAAUUCGACCGCAAUGAGAUCAACAUGAUCUUCAACUUUGAACAUGUCGACAUCGACCACGGCAAAUACGACAAGUUCGAGCCUGGGAGCUGGAAACUUACCGAUCUUAAGGAUUUCUUUGAACGCUGGCAGACUUUCAUGUAUGACAAUGACGGCUGGAAUGCGCUCUAUUGGGAGAACCAUGACCAGCCACGAUCUAUCGAUCGCUACACCAACGCGGCGGAAGAGUAUCGACUAGUCGCAUCCAAGAUGCUCGCUACUGCCCUGGCAUUGCAGGCCGGUACACCAUUUGUAUACCAAGGACAGGAGAUUGGUACGAGAAACGUGCCGAAAGAAUGGGGCAUUGAAGAGUACAAAGAUAUUGACUGUCUAAACCAUUGGAACAGACUACCCAAAUCCGACCCAAAGGUCCUAGAAAUCGCACUGCAGGAAUACCAAAAGAAAUCUCGUGACAACGGCCGAACCCCAGUCCAAUGGUCCGCCGCCGAGAAUGCAGGUUUCACCGGACCCGGCGUGAAGCCCUGGAUGUCCGUGAACACAGACUACCCACGUGUCAACGCCGAAGCCCAAGUCAAGGAUCCCAACUCGACAUACCACUACUGGGCCACUGUGCUGAAAUUGCGCAAGGCGUAUCUCGAUGUCUUUGUCUAUGGCGACUUCACCCUUUUGGAUAAACCGAGCCAGGAGUUCUUUGCGUAUACACGCCAGUAUAACGACCAGAAGGUUUUGGUUCUGUGUCAUUGGACUGAGAAGACGUUGGAGUGGGAUGCGGCUGGCAACGGGAUCACUGGUGUGAAGAACGUUUUGCUUGAUACUUAUGAGAGUGCAGACGCUGUUUCUCAGCGCUUCUCUGGUGACGCAACAACCCAACUAUCCCAAACCUCCUCCCCAGCAGCCGGCGCAAACAUCCUCUUCCUCGGAACAACACGCGACACCUUCGAAGGCCGCUCCGUCAGCCAACUGAGCUACACGGCCUACCCACCGCUAACGCUGAAGACGCUAGCAGGGAUUGCGGAGGCGGCUGUUGAAACGCAUAAGCUGGUGGGCGUGAGUAUUGCGCAUCGGUUGGGGACUGUUCCUAUUGGCGAAGCUUCCAUUGCUAUUGCUGUUAGUUCGGGACAUCGGGGUGCAGCGUGGAGGGCUGGCGAGGAAGUUCUCGAGGCUUGUAAGGAGAAGGCGGAGAUUUGGAAGAGGGAGGAGUUUGUUGAUGGGGGGAUGGAGUGGAGGGCUAAUGCUGAGAGAGAUGGGGAGGGGAGGCUUUUGAAGGGGGAGGGGAUUUAG